UGCGUCUGUAUCAACAACACAGCGCAGCGCGAGAGCAAACGGAUCAGAACUGAAGAGACUCGAGUCGGUCGCUGCGGUUCCAUCAGUUUUAGAUCGGAUUGAAUGUGUUGUGAGUGUUAAUAUGUGUGUUUGUGUGCGGUCAGUCGUGUGUUGAACGGAUAACAGCUGAGCGGAAGACACGUUGUCAGGCUGAUGAAGGAGACAGUAUGCUGGAGAUGUGCUGCGCUCGUGUCCGCUCCGCUGUGGUCGGGCUGGUGCUGGUGCUGAUGCUGUGCUGGUGUCCGCCCGUGGACGGCAGUAACGUGGUCAUACAGAGAGACGCUCAGUUUGAUGUCACUUACUAUGACACGGUCACCAGUGACAACCAGACCAUCUACUCGUACAACCACACCGUCUCCAGAAACAAGACGGAGGGCGUGCGGGUGUCGGUGGAGCUGCUGUCAGAGAGCGUUCAAAGUCCGCUGCUUUUCGUGGUCAGACAGAAACAGGCGGUUCUGUCGUUUCAGGUUCCGCUCAUUCUCAGAGGCUUGUAUCAGAGGAAGUAUCAGUACACUCAGGUGGGCCGCACGCUGUGUCAGCCGCCCACUAAAGCCGUGUCGGAGAUGCAGUUCUUCUAUGUGGACGUGUCGACGCUGUCCAGCGCUGGUGUUCACUAUCAGCUGCGUGUCAGUCGUGUGGACAGCUUCAAUCUGUUGACAGAUAAGAAAUUCAGCUUCAACGCAACGCCAUCCCAACCCCAGUUCUUUAAGUAUGUGUUUCCUGAUGGUGUGGACACUGUGAUCGUGAAGAUAAACUCACAGAAGAACUUUCCCUGUUCGGUCAUGUCCAUACAAGACAUCCAGUGUCCGGUCUUUGAUCUGGAUAAUAAUGUGGCGUUUAUUGGCAUGUAUCAGACUAUGACCACCACUGCUGCUAUCACAGUGCAGAGGAAGGAUUUUCCCAGUAACAGCUUUUACGUGGUGGUGGUACUGAAGACUGAAGAUGAGGCGUGUGGAGGACCGCUGAGGUUCUACCCCCUCUUACCCGAUGAGCUGAUGGACGCUGGAAAUCGCAGUAAAACUCUGGAUGUGAUCGUGUCUCCUGCCAUCAACUCUGACGUGUAUGUGAUGGGAAUGCUCUUCUGUCUGGGGAUCUUCCUCUCCUUCUAUCUGCUGACGUUUCUUGUGGCGUGUGUGGAGAAUAAGAGGAUGAACAGGAAGAGGGAGGGGCUUCUGCACCCGGUCGACAUCUCUCCUGCAGAGACAGCAUCCCUAUUGGGAAAGGCUCCUGUGUCUCCAUGUGAAUACGGCUCAUUUGCUGAUAAUGGCAGCACAUUGAGCUCUGAGGCGGUUACAGACAGUUUAGCAUCAACUGAUGGGAACUAUGGAUAUCUGGGAUUGGGGAGUUUUAAACGCAGAUCAAUCACACUACAUCAUGUAGCCGUCUGCAUUGAGCGUUCACUGGAGAGCGUCGGCCGCAGUCGUCGGGAGUCUUUGAGUUCAGUGGAAGAGGACGAUUAUGACACGCUGGCCGACAUCGACUCGGACAAAAACAUCGUUCGGACGAAAAAGUUCUUGUGCGUCUCUGAUCUUUCUCGCAAAGACAAGCGCGUCCUCAGCAAGAAAUAUCAGAUCUACUUCUGGAACAUCGCUACAAUCGCUGUGUUUUAUGCUCUUCCAGUCAUUCAACUGGUCAUCACCUAUCAGACGGUUGUAAACGUCACAGGAAAUCAAGACAUCUGCUAUUACAAUUUCCUGUGUGCUCAUCCACUCGGAGCACUCAGUUCCUUCAAUAACAUUCUGAGUAAUGUUGGGUACGUGAUGCUGGGCCUGCUCUUCUUACUCAUCGUUCUUCACAGGGACAUCCUUCAUCAACGCGCUCUCCAACGCAAAGACACCGCAGCCCUGGAGUGUGGUAUUCCAAAGCACUUUGGCUUGUAUUAUGCGAUGGCCACCGCUCUCAUGAUGGAGGGUCUGCUCAGCGCCUGCUACCACGUCUGCCCAAACUACACCAACUUUCAGUUCGACACGUCAUUCAUGUACAUGAUCGCUGGAUUGUGUAUGUUGAAGCUCUAUCAGAAGAGACACCCGGACAUCAAUGCCAGCGCAUACUCAGCAUACGCCUGUCUGGCUGCUGUUAUAUUCUUCUCUGUGCUGGGGGUGGUGUUUGGUAAAGAUAACUCGGCAUUCUGGAUUGUGUUCUCCGUCAUACACAUUCUGGCCACACUGCUGCUGAGCACACAACUGUACUACAUGGGCCGCUGGAGACUGGACUCUGGGAUUUUGCGCAGGAUGUUGCAUGUGAUCUACACAGACUGUAUACGACAGUGCAGUGGACCCAUGUACAUUGAUCGGAUGGUUCUGCUGGUGAUGGGAAACAUUGUGAACUGGUCUCUGGCAGCAUACGGCCUCAUCCAUCGACCCAAUGACUUCGCCUCGUACCUGCUGGCCAUUGGUAUCUGUAACCUGCUACUUUAUUUUGCCUUCUACAUCAUAAUGAAGUUGCGUAGUGGUGAGAGAAUCCAGUUUCUAGCUCUGGUGUGUGUUCUCUUCACUGCUGUGGUUUGGGGCUUCGCUCUGUUCUUCUUCUUUCAAGGUCUCAGUACAUGGCAGAAAACUCCAGCCGAGUCUCGUGAACACAAUCGCGAAUGUAUCCUGCUGUCGUUCUUUGAUGAUCAUGACAUCUGGCACUUUCUGUCGUCAAUCGCCAUGUUUGGAUCCUUCUUGGUUCUUCUCACUAUGGAUGACGACCUCGAUACGGUUCAAAGAGACAAAAUCUACGCGUUCUAACGAUCAGCUUUCUACUGACCAACACAGAGACGAGGUGUCCACCAAUGAAAUGAAUAUCUUAAACUAACAGUCAAAGGUGGUGGAAGGAGCCUCACACGGGAACUAAUGCUAUUAAGACAUUGAAUGUGCCAAUCAAACUGCCAGUGCUCCUCCUCGCAUUGCCAUGGUGACGGUUGAUGUAACUAAGUUACUCUGCAGGGCUGUAUUUUUGUAACGGUUGGUUGUUUUCUCUUCGCGUUGGUGUCAGUCUGUGGCCUUAUGUGUCGUGGUUUUGGAUCCAUGUGGUUCUGACUGUAAAUCCGAGCCGAGUUGCUUCCAUCAAUGAUCUAAUGAUGAUUCUAAUGAGAAAAACUGCACUUCUUACAAAUCGUGUUUUUACAUAGAAUGGUUAAUAAAUAAAGACUUUUUACA